AAAAGAAAAGAAAAAAGGAAAACUGCCUCUCUUUAUUCCGACAGAGAGCACCUCCAUCCCCAUGAUCUCAUGAAUAAAUUAUAGCGGCUCAUUGUGCAACAGAGGGGAGGAAUGCAGUCGAGCCGAGGAAAAUACGGCCGGGGGUAACGUUACAGACUUCACAUCGAUCCGGAGCUCAGUCUCCAGUUCCUCUUGUUAUGCUGCUCGCUGUUGAGCCCUUAACGCACCACACAGCUUCGGCUGUAGCUGCAACUCUUAAAAUAUAGUCUCAUUUUCUGAUUUUACUGCUUUAGAUGGAUUUUAACUUACAACCAGGACACGACAACCUAUCGCCGUAUCAGCCUCUGACUAAAAAUUACACGGAGUCGAACUGAAAGCGGAGACUCAGCGAGAGAAUUUUGGCGUCGCUUAACAGCUUGUAACGGCGGGGCUUUUCGCAGAGCUAUCCGACUUUCCUACCGCGGAACACGGAUCGGCGAGCAGAGCAACCUCGGGCAGUUGGAGUCUUAAGGCUGCCUGCCAGGUUGAGGUGAUUUGGGGUUCCCUGCUGACCCCCACGUUCCUCCGAUGAACCCCAUCAACUCCAUGAAACCUGCCCUGCCUCCAACGCCACAUAGUGACGGCUCUUACCCCUAUGACCCAGCGUCCUGGCAGCAAGGCACCAACCAGCCCCCCGGCUCCCUCUCUGUGGUAACCACAGUGUGGGGGGUUACCAGUCCUUCACCCAGCCAGGUUUUUGGCGCUCCCAUGGGCCCAGGAGGUAACUCGGCUGGAGGUCACAUGUUGCCUGGCAGCAGCCCUGGCAUGAACUCCCCCCAGUUCAUGGGGCAGCAGGGCUAUCCUGAGCCCAACAAGGGCUACAUGCAGCAGGGCAUGUAUGGCCGGCCCAGCGGGGGCUACCCAACCGGGCCUGCGUAUGGUGGCAGUUACCCCAAUAAUGGCGGUGGCUCCCUUGGGAUGCCGCCUCACGGAGUCCGCCCCCCCACUGACUUCACCCAGGCUGCUGCCGCCGCUGCUGUGGCUGCCGCUGCCGCUACAGCAACAGCUACCGCCACGGCAGCCGUCGCCGCGAUACAAGAGAAGCAAAACCAAGAGAUGAAUUAUGGUCCUAUGGGUGGCGCUUCCUCAUACAACACCCAGUUCCUGUCCCACACUGGACCCCGUGGCCCACCCGGCAUGGCCCCCUCCAGCAUGGUGGGCUCCAGACCCCCCUCCAUGGGACCCAUGUACACCUCACAGGGGCAACGGCUACCCCAGCACUCGGGCUACCCGGGGGGCCAGCAAGGACCCCCUCCACGACAUCAGCAGGGAUUGAAACGCCCCUACAACUCUGAGGGAUUUCCAGGGCAGCAGUAUGGCUCUGGGAUGGGGGCUGCGGGACCGUACCCCGGUCAGCCCAUACAGUACCACGGCCCUGGCCCACAGCGCUCGGCUCCUUCGCCCUCCUACACAGGCCACAGAAUGCCGCUCCAGCAGGCCAACAUGGGCCAGUAUCCUGCAGGACCAGGAAACCCAGGCCAAUACUACAAGGCAGAGCAAUUCAAUGGGCAGGGCAAUAGUCACGGCAGUCUGGCUUCAGGAGUGGCGGGAGGCGGAGGCUACAACACCUUUAACCAAGCAGCUGUGAACGGGCCUGGAAGAGCGAUGCCUGGAUAUCCCAGCUCUCCCCUCCCAGGAAACCCCACUCCUCCCAUGACCCCAGGCAGCUCCAUGCCGCCCUACAUGUCCCCCGGCCAGGACGUGAAGUCUCCCUUCCUCCCUGACGUCAAGCCCAACAUCAACUCAAUGCAGCCCCCUACAGGGAACCCCAGCGAUGACCUACGGCUGACCUUCCCUGUUCGAGAUGGAGUGGUGCUGGAGCCCUUCCGGCUGGAACACAACUUGGCUGUCAGCAAUCACGUCUUCCAGCUGCGUGACUCUGUCUACAAGACACUCAUGAUGAGACCAGACCUGGAGUUGCAGUUUAAGUGCUACCAUCAUGAGGACCGGCAGAUGAACACUAACUGGCCAGCCUCUGUGCAGGUUAGCGUGAAUGCCACGCCCCUUACCAUCGAGCGCGGUGACAACAAGACCUCCCACAAGCCCCUCUACCUGAAACACGUGUGCCAGCCAGGCCGCAACACCAUCCAGAUCACAGUCACUGCCUGCUGCUGCUCUCAUCUGUUUGUGCUCCAGCUGGUCCACCGGCCCUCGGUGCGCUCUGUGCUGCAGGGCCUGAUGAAGAAGAGGCUCCUGCCUGCCGAGCACUGUGUCACCAAAAUCAAAAGGAACUUCAGCAGCGGGACCAUUCCAGGAACCCCUGGCCUGAACGGUGAGGAUGGUGUGGAGCAGACAGCCAUCAAGGUCUCUCUUAAGUGUCCGAUCACCUUCCGCCGCAUCCAGCUUCCAGCACGGGGCCACGACUGCAGACACAUACAGUGUUUUGAUCUGGAGUCUUACCUGCAGCUUAACUGUGAGAGAGGAACUUGGCGCUGUCCUGUGUGCAAUAAAACCGCUCUUCUGGAGGGGCUUGAAGUGGAUCAGUAUAUGCUGGGCAUUCUCAUCUAUAUCCAGAAUUCGGACUAUGAAGAGAUCACCAUUGAUCCAGUGUGCAGCUGGAAGCCGGUCCCUGUGAAGCCAGACUUGCACAUUAAAGAGGAUCCAGACGGUCCAGCCUUGAAGCGCUGUCGCACCCUCAGCCCCAGUCACAUGAUCCUCCCCAGCGUCAUGGAGAUGAUUGCAGCCCUUGGCCCGGCCUCCUCUCCCUACCAAUCCCUACCACAAGGUGGCAGCAGCAGCACACCUGAUUACCCCAGCCAAGCUGGUUCAGGAUAUUCUAACCAGCCAGGCUUGUCAGAGUUUCCCAACGGCCCCGGCACCCCAACCCUGGGGGAGUUUGCAUCGGGGCCUCCACCCCUCUCCUACCAGGCUGACUUGCCCAGUGGGCUCUUGACACCUGAGAAACCUGUGGGGCACCCCAUGUCUGGACAGAUGCCUCACUCCAGUCGCAUGGACCCAUCCCACAACCCUCUCCAGCAGCAACAGCAGCAGCAGCAGCAUCAAGCUCUCCACGGUAGUUCCAACCUGGGUGGCCCUGGAGGACCCAUGCAUUCGCGCAACUCCACACAGAAUCCACGGCUGCACACAGACAGCUUCGGGCUGGGCGGCCCCGGAGGGCCGGGGGAUGUAGCAGAGCCUGCUCUUGAUCUGCUCCCAGAGCUAACGAACCCGGAUGAGCUGCUGUCCUACUUGGGUCCUCCUGACCUGCCCAACAACAGCAACGAUGACCUGCUCUCACUGUUCGAGAGCAACUGAGCCCACUCACAUUUCCCUCACCACCUAAAGCUUAGCCACACCGUCCUAAAAAAACGUACUCUUCCCUGGCCUAAAUACACUCAGCACGCUAUGAGCAGGUUUGGGCGUCAGGGCUAGGAAUCCUCACAGAUGUUCGAGUCUAAUUCUUUUACCUGCCAUGUUCCUUGGAGACUGAGUUUCAGUCAUUCUUACAGCAAGGAAGAUGCAGAAGAUAUUUUAAUGCGACUUCAACAUUGUUAGUCUGCCUCUGAAGUAUGUCAGUUUUUUUUUUUUGUUUUGUUUUGUUUUUUUUUAUUAUUAUUUUAAUUUGGAAGCGUCCCUUUCAUAUUUCCAGCUCCUGCAGAAAUCAUUUGUAGAAAAGCAACUCAUCUGUCAGACUUGUGCUUGGUGUAAAUUAUAUUGCAUCAGAAGGGGGAGGAAGCCAUUACAGAAUUUGCCCUUCGUUGUUUGUUCUUAAUCACGUUUAAACCGAGUGUGAAGUAGUACUGACGUUCUUUCAAAUCCUGAAUUUGUUCGUACAAAGAAGGACUGAAUUUCGAUUAAGCUACAAGCUCUUUAUAGAGAGAGAUGGGGGAGAAGCCAAAUUAGUUCUUGUCUCUGUUGUAAGCUGAAUGCGAGUAAAAGCUGGGAAUGCCAAUGGACCUUGCAAACACAAGACACAGACACGCCUUACCUCAAAAGGUUUAAAAAGAGAAAAAAAAGAAAGUAAAGGAAGAAAAGAAAUCCACCACUAAGCUAGCGCCCUAUCCUACAGGUCCUCACCAUUACUUGAUCUCACAAACUUGUACUUGACUUGAAGUCCAAAAGUCCAUUUGUACUUUGUGUUAGAAGAUGCCAGUUUGCAGCCUGCAUGCUCUUGUCCUUCACCUUGUGUAGAGAUGCAAUCAUGAAGCAUAUCUUGCUGUAGCAUCAAGGUAAUGUACUGUACAUUUAUUCAAACAACUUUGCCAAACUCGUCAGGGGGGAAAGGCUCUGUCUUGUGUUUAUCCUGCAGCUACUGUACAUUUGAGGAAAGCUUACGAUCCUUGAGAAUAUGUUUACGCAAGAUAAAUGCAGUGAUUCGAUCAUUGAAUACAAGAAGCACAUAUGCGCACACACCUAGUUACACCCAGUAUCUUUCUGGCACACGUCCAUCCACUCCACUCCCUGCCCACCCCCCACCACCACCACCUACCCCUCCCCUCCAGUUAAACAACUUUGUCUUCCUACCCUGUUGACACAAUAUUACUGUGCUGAUCGCAGUUCUGUCAAAAACUAAAGUCUUGAUAAUGAUCACUUUCUGUUCAAUAAGCCUUCAUUCUCAUUCACUGGCAUUGUUUUUAGCUGCUUACUGGAUAUGCAAGAGAUUUUAAUUAAGUGGAGGAAAUGAUGGAUAACAGAGUCCAAAAAAAGAAAUAAAUGAAUGAGGUCUCACAGAGCACAAGCAGCACAUUUCAGACAGGGUAUUUCUCUCACUCACACACACACACACAUAUAUACAUGCACACCCACAAGCUCGCUACAUGCGACUCUGAAAAGAGUGCAUUCAGGUCCUAAACUUUCCCAGUGCGACGUCUCGUCUGUCACAUCUGCAUCGUUCGUGUUUGCAGCAAAGGCCUCUCGACAGUAUGGUCUAACGGCAAUACCCACUCUUGUUACUGACGAGGAACACUUGGGGAGCAGUGUUGAAAAUAUGUACAGAUAUAGGACUAUUAUUGUUACAGAUGUGAAGACUCUCUCUACCCCAUGAUAUUAAAAUCCACGAGCGUACAUACACCCACACUUUAAACACUAUGACAGACCUUCAUGUAGUCAGACACGCCCUUGUUCCACGCUGUCCCUUUCGGUUGGGUUGCAAAAGAGAACGGAUGGAGAGGAGAACAGCCUACCACCCCGUUUCCUGUCUCGUCUUAUUUUAUUAUUUAUGACCGCUCUCUGGACACGGUCAGCUAUGUGCAGUUUGUAUCAUAACAAUCCAGGGAGUGUCAGGAGUUAUUGGAUGUGCAAUUGUUUUUGAAGACAUUUGUGUAUCAUAUAAUUUUAUCUUUGAUUAUAUAAUUAUUGUUAUUAUAAUAAUUAUAAAAUUAAUUGGUGGACCUGUAUGCAUCUCUCUUACGUGUGUUAUCUAGCAAAAGUUUAUGGAUUUGUUAAAAAGAAAAAAAAAAGCAGUUCAUUUCCCAUCAGAUCUGUGACUAAGAAGGUUUUCAAUACGAGAGCUGAGAGACUUCCUUGAGACCAGCACCAAGUCACACUUACUUGUUAAUCAAACUGUUCAAAAAAAGAUGUUUGUCAUGUGUAGGUGAAUCUUUAAGUUCUAACGAUUGAAUUAAACUUGUAAAAUUGAAAUCAUUUUGUUUUUUUCUAAAGAUGUGAAAUAUUUCCAUUAUGUUUUUUAAGUAAAGACUUAAGCCCCA